GGCGAGGGGCACACAGCGUCUUGUUCAGGAGCAGACACCGUCAUAUCAACGUAUCUGUGGCCUGAGAACACGACUGAUUCAACCCCAGGACUUCUUUAUGGACCAGGAGAUCCCUUUAGCCCCUUAUUGGAGACCAGGAGACAUUGUCAUUGACUCUAAUCCAAGCCAUGGAGGAGCCCGGGAUCCGGAGCCAGAAGCUGGACAACCAGCGGUCGGUCCUGAUUAAGAAGCAGCAGAAGAAGCGGGCCGACGCCCAGAUGGUGAAGGCCAAUAGCGACACUCGACCCAAGAACCGCAAACACAAGCCCCGCCCCUCGGAUGACACAGCACUGCUGAUCAGCCAAUCACAGAGCAACACUUCACUGAGUGAAGACUUCCAGGUGGAGCACGCCCACGACAACCCGCUGGAGGAGAUCCUCCUGGGGGCCCGUGGCGUCACCACCACCAUGACCGCCGACGAGGGCCCCCUGGAGAGGGCCCCGGAGAGGCCCCCCUGCGCCCCCGGGACCUGGACCCUGGAGGGGCGCCGGGAGGCGGGGCCUCAGCAGGAGGGGGAGGAGGACGGAGGGCGGGAGGAGGAGAUAAACACCAAGAAGAAAGCCGGGAAGAAAGCCAAAGGGUUGCAGCCAAGCGAGAUAGAAGAGAGAGAGAAGAACAAGAGGAAGGAGAAGAAGAGCAAGAAGAAGGAGACGGAGGGCCGAGGAGCAACCUUUGACCCCGAGCAGGAAGGCAAAGAGCCCACGAGGGGAGAAGAGAAGGAACUCUUGGAGCCCCUAGACACCGCGACGGAUUCUGGGGUGGGAUUUGCGACUGCCGCAGACGACAAAACGAGUGACAGUGAAGAGAAGAGCUGCCCGCCCGCCCCACGGAAGAAACAGCAGCUCUCCACAUCCAGGUGCCAAAUAAGCGACGACAAGAGUGAUGACCAAGCAGAGGUUCCUGAGGGAGAAAGAACUCUGAAGAAGAAGAAAAAAGAAGAAAAGAAGAAAAGUCUGGCCUUGCUGAACUCCAAUCCCAGGGGGGGGUCGUGGGCGUCCGGCUCCGUGGAGAGGUGCACCUCCCCCGUCUCCCAGGAGGACCUGCUGGGGUUCGCCCUGAACCCGGCCCCCAGGGAGCAGACCCUGCAGUGCCGGAUAACCAGGGACCGGAGGGGCGUGGAGAAGGGCAUGUACCCCACCUACUACCUGCACCUGGAGAAGGAGGACGGCAAGCGGGUGUUUCUGAUGGCUGGCAGGAAGAGGAAGAAAUGCAAGACAUCCAACUACCUCAUCUCCAUCGACCCCACGGACCUGUCUAGAGAGACCCACAGCUACAUCGGAAAACUCAGGUCCAACAUUCUGGGCACAAGGUUCAGCGUCUACGACGGAGGGGAGAACCCGGAGAAGAAGCCCUUCGUCAAGGAGUGUGAAUCGGUUCGGCAAGAGCUAGCAGCCGUUUGCUACGAGAAGAACGUUCUCGGCUUAAAGGGUCCCAGGAAAAUGACGGUCAUCAUUCCUGGCAUGCUGGCAAACGACGAGCGAGCGUGCAUCCGCCCAAAGACCGACACCGAGACGCUACUGGUUCGCCAUGACAACGGGAACACAGACAACCUGGUGACGCUGGUCAAUAAAUCCCCCAGCUGGAACGAGCAGAGCCAGUCCUACGUGCUCAACUUCCACGGCCGCGUCACCCAGGCCUCCGUCAAGAACUUCCAGAUCGUCCAUCCAGAUAACGAGGACUACAUCGUGAUGCAGUUUGGCCGGGUGGCGGAGGACGUGUUCUCCAUGGACUACAGCUUCCCGCUGUGUGCCCUCCAGGCCUUUGCCAUCACACUCUCCUCCUUCGACGGCAAACUGGCCUGUGAGUAGGAGUAGGAAAGGGGCUUUUUCACCUGGUCUCCACCCGUCUCCACCCGUCUCCACCUGGUCUCCACCUGGUCUCCACCUGGUCUCCAACCGUCUCCACCUGGUCUCCACCCGUCUCCACCUGGUCUCCACCCGUCUCCACCCGUCUCCACCUGGUCUCCGCCUGGUCACCACCUGGUCUCCACCUGGUCUCCACCCGUCUCCACCUGGUCUCCACCCGUCUCCACCCGUCUCCACCUGGUCUCCACCCGUCUCCACCUGGUCUCCACCUGGUCUCCACCUGGUCUCCACCCGUCUCCACCUGGUCUCCACCCGUCUCCACCUGGUCUCCACCCGUCUCCACCUGGUCUCCACCUGGUCUCCACCCGUCUCCACCUGGUCUCCACCCGUCUCCAGCUGGUCUCCACCCGUCUCCACCUGGUCUCCACCCGUCUCCACCUGGUCUCCACCCGUCUCCACCUGGUCUCCACCCGUCUCCAGCUGGUCUCCACCUGGUCUCCACCUGGUCUCCACCCGUCUCCACCUGGUCUCCACCUGGUCUCCAACCGUCUCCACCUGGUCUCCACCUGGUCUCCACCUGGUCUCCAACCGUCUCCACCUGGUCUCCACCUGGUCUUCAGCUGGCGCCUCAUCGUUUGGUGGGACUCAUGGGUCAGGGUCCAGGUCUUAAAGAGGACCAGGACUCAUGGGUCAGGGUCCAGGUCUUAAAGAGGACCAGGACUCAUGGGUUAGGGUCCAGGUCUUAAAGAGGACCAGGACUCAUGGGUUAGGGUCCAGGUCUUAAAGAGGAACAGGACUCAUGGGUCAGGGUCCAGGUCUUAAAGAGGACCAGGACUCAUUGGUUAGGGUCCAGGUCUUAAAGAGGACCAGGACUCAUGGGUCAGGGUCCAGGUCUUAAAGAGGACCAGGACUCAUGGGUCAGGGUCCAGGUCUUAAAGAGGACCAGGACUCAUGGGUUAGGGUCCAGGUCUUAAAGAGGAACAGGACUCAUGGGUCAGGGUCCAGGUCUUAAAGAGGACCAGGACUCAUGGGUCAGGGUCCAGGUCUUAAAGAGGACCAGGACUCAUGGGUCAGGGUCCAGGUCUUAAAGAGGAACAGGACUCAUUGGUCAGGGUCCAGGUCUUAAAGAGGACUAGGACUGGAAUCAGUUAUUAGAAAUGUGUCCUUAUUGUUCAUUAGUUAAUCAUUGUUCGAUUUGUUUUGACCUUGUAUAUAUUUGUUUUGUGCAAUUUAAUUAUGAGUGAGACCUUCUUAUAAUAUGACUUAAAACAUUGAAUAUAUAUAAUGUACCAGUUUAUUUCCAUAAUAAGUCAGGCCCAUUAAAGCGACUGUGACACUUUUAA